UUUAACCGGAAGCUGUAUCAGUGCCGCUGGUUCUUCCUCAGCAUCCUCUCCUCCAGCUUGGGAGCCCCAAGACACAGAGCAUCAUCCCGGUAACAUGGACGACGUCCCGCCGAUCAUCACCAUCCAGAUCGCUCUCCGAAUCCAGCCGAACGAUGGACCCGUAUUCUUCAAGGUGGACGGAACCCGCUUCGGUCAGAGCCGAACCAUCAAGCUGCUGACGGGCUCCAAGUACAAAAUCGAGGUGGUGCUGAAGCCCGGAGCCGUGGAGGCCACCAACAUGAACAUCGGAGGAAUUAUCUUCCCUCUGGAACAGCAGUCCAGGGAUGAGGAGUCGGUGGUUUAUAACGGCCAGUACAACACAGAGGGCGUCCCACAUACGAAGAGCGGAGACCGCCAGCCCGUCCAAGUCAGCAUAGAGUUCAACAAGGCCGGGACGUUUGAGACGGUCUGGCAGGUCAAGUACUACAACUACUACAAGAGGGAGCACUGCCAGUUCGGCAACAAGUUCAGCAACAUCGAGUACGAGUGCAAACCCAACGAGACGCGGACCCUGAUGUGGAUCAACAAAGAGGCGUUCAACUGAGCCAGGACAUCAGAAGGACGCGCUGUCCACUGUUUGUCCAGAUCCUGAUGUUUGUUCUGUCCUACUAGCACCAGGACUAAGUCAGCUGUUCUCCAUGCUGGUCUUCAUGUGAGCUGAACCUGGUAGUCAUCUUUAAGAGUCAGAAGGGAGGGCUGAUUCAUUAGUGUGUUCAGGAAGUAGCUUAACUCAACAUGAUGUUCAAGGAAGACCAGGAUGGAUAACAGCUGAAGAACGACCCUGUUUAAAAAUUCUGAUCCAGUCCUCAUGUCUUCAUGUUCUCCUUCUACACAGCCAGGUUUUCCUGUACCCUUUUCGAUUGGUCUGGAUUAGCAGGUCUCCAAGCUUCCUGAAGGUCAUUUAGGAUUUUUCUUCGGGUCUGCAGGUAACAGACACUCUCCAGCUCCUCCUGGAGAAUCCAGAUCUGCAUAUCCAUGCACAUGGCCCUCCAGGGUGUUCUGAUCCAUCCAACCACCAAUCAGGACCAGCAGGAUAUCUAAACUUCCUGAUCUGGGAUGAUGUGGAUUUUUCUAGCUGCUUGGAAGGAAAACCCGGACUGGAUGAGAACUUUGGAUCAGCUCUGUGCUCUUAGAGGCAGAUGAUGUUUGAGCGUUCUGAUGGUGUUCUGUGUAUUUUUGUUUAAACUUACCUGAAACUUUGAGUUUAGUAACAGAUUCAUGGAAAAUAAAUGAGCUUCCAUGUUGAAACCGGGACUAUUUUCAGCAGCCGAUGAAUCCUGUCAUCCUUUGAAUCUCUGUGUCCUGCUGUGAGGACGAGGAGGAUUUCUUCUCUUCAAACGGUGCUUUCCAUCACACGCUGCGACUGCUUUUCUUUCUGCAGCAGCUGCUGAUUUCUGCACUGAAUGAUUCAUUUUGCCAAACCUGAUCUGUUGCUUCUUGUUUUGCAUUCAGCUGUUGUGUAGCGGUGAAUAAAGUGUCCUGAACCACC